AUGCCUCCCGACUCAUCCGCAGAUCUUGACCUCGCGUCGGACCAAUACAACUCCGCCGAAGACUCUGACUUCCAGAUCGACGAAGCCGCCCAAGAUGAUGCCGAAUCUGCCGUAUCGUCAGACUCCGACGACGACGAGGAGGGCGCAGAGGGACCAGCAACAAAGCGGCGCAAGACCGGGACGAAGAACAAAGACGAAAAUGGCGAAGAGGGGCUAGAUUCCGGGGAUGAGGCGAUGAUCCAGAAAGCGAAUGCGAAGAAGAAAAAGAAGGACGAGGACGAUGAGGAGGAGAGUGGGCCCGGGGGGUUUGUUCGGACCAGGGCGAUGAAGAUGCGGGGAGGCGAAGAGCGCAAACCGCUAGCAAAGAUCGAUGGCGCGACGGUGGACGUGGACGCGCUAUGGGCGAAGAUGAACGCGCCCGAUGGGAUCCUGCCGGGGAAAAAAGAUACAGAUACUACGGAGGGACAGAACGAUGUGGAAAUGCGCGAUAGCUCGACCCCCUCCGGGCAGGGAUCCCAACAAUCACAACCACAACCACCAAAGAGCCAUUCCCCGGAGAUGAUCAGGAUCAAGAGGACGUACAAGUUCGCAGGUGAGAUGAUCACAGAGGAGAAAAUCGUUGCGAAGGACUCCGCGGAAGCGAAGCUGUUUCUGGAGGGCGAAAAGGGGUCGGAGAACACCAGCACCACGAUCGAGAGAGUGGACCUUACGACGAACGCGAACCCGCUGAACCUGCGCAGACCGCUUCGGAAACCCUCACGUUUUGACCCGAACCCGACCGGCUCGAUCAAGAAGAGCUGGGAGAAGCAGGUCGCAACAGAAACGGCCGGACAGGAGAACGCGCGUGGGCCGAAAAUCAAUACCGUGGAGAAGUCGCGUCUGGACUGGGCUGCGUAUGUGGAUCAAGCGGGCAUCAAGGACGAGCUCAAUGUCCACAGCAAAGCGAAGGAGGGGUUCUUGGGCCGGAUGGAUUUCUUGGACCGCGUGGACUCGAAGGUCGAGGCGGAGAGGAGGAAUGCUCGCUUGAAGGGGCUUUAG